AUGUGGACGCCCUUACCAUCGGAAAUGGCGACUUUGGAGAAGAGACACGAUGCGGAUGAUGUCCUUGACUUCCUGGUCGGGUCCUCGAUUGGACCCACUAUCCGAUAUCUCUCGUGGAAUCGAUCGAGACCUUCAGAAUGUGACAGCCUGCAGCAGUUGGUCCGCACGGCCAGCGCAUCUCUUCGCUCGCUUGAUCUCGUAUCUCGUGUCGACAUUUGCGACGAUGAUCGUCGGCUCCCCAAACUCGAUUUGGGAGAGUUGGACCACCUGGACACCUUCACCGUCACAUUUUCGACCCUAUUUCGCAAUCCGGGACCGCCGGCAGUGCCAUGGCGUAUUCUACUCAGUAUUCUGUUUACGCUUCCACCUGCAUCUCUCACCAAAGUCAUGAUCGUCUUCGACAUUCACAGGCCACAAUAUUUUAUGGACCCAUUUAUGAGCGCAGACGACCGAGUGUGUGCCGGGAUUGAGGAGCUGUUUACUCAGCCCAAAUUUCAGAGUUUGGAGUUCGUUGAGUUCAAAUUACGAUGCGGCGCGUUGAGAUCUUCUAAUCUCGCCUACGUGCCAACCCGCGAUUGGUGGUGGGACACGCUCUCGUGUCGAUUUCCCAAUACUUGUGCGCGCGGACUACUCCGGGCCUCCGUGGUUACAGACUACUGUAUCGUGCCGUUCAAACUCAGUAGUUAG